AUGAAAUCCGUUAAAGUUUAUGAUGAUGAAGAAUCACCAACUACAGUGUAUCAUAAUCCUGUGGAGGAUAUUGUCAUGCGUUUGCCUGAUGAAUUUGGAAAAUUUGUUGAGAAAUAUGAGUAUUGUGAAGAAUUGUCGAGAUUUGCGUUCAUUUCCUUGUUGAUUGGAUUUCUUUCUGGAAGAAAUGGACGAAAGUUGGACUAUUUCAAUGAUACAGUUCGUGUUGGGAGUAAAGAUAAGAAAGAAAUAGACGAAAUGCCACUAUGUUGCUUAUUUGCAAUCAUUCAAUAUUCAGAACCUACUGAAUUAAUCAUUUACACUCCAAAUUAUUUCCCAAAUUCGAAAAGAUUUAUAUUUUGUAAUUUUGAAUCGGAUUUAUUUUGGGAAUUUAAAUCUUGUGGUUCAGAACCUUUUAUGGAGAUUAGAGAUUUAUACGAAAUGUUUCCUUACAAGAGAAAUACUGAUCUUUCAAAAUACAGAAAUGGAGAUGGUGCAAUUUAUUUUUCAAAGAAUUGGAAAGAGUUAACCAUUCGAGUUUUGUAUUGGGAGCGCUACUUUGAUGAAUAA